AUUCGAACUUUGAGCAACAAAUGGUUCGGCUUGAAGUAGAGGAGGCUUGUUGAGCUGGCUCUAAUUAUCAUGCAUUUAUUUUAGUCAUGCCUGAAUAAAAUUUGAACAACUCGCCGCAAAACCAAAAACUACAAUACUCUACUACGAAAAUUUUCCUAAACAGACGCUUGUUCUUCGGUGAAGAAAAAUGACCCUACAACUAGGAAAAGAUGAAUCAUACCGCUGCAAACUUUGCACCGAAGUUUACGCCAAGAACGACGCAGUUCAGCAUCUAAAUGAAACACAUCAAGUGUCAAUCAGUGAUGUUAGUUUGGUUAUUGGACUUCUGGAGCCCAUAUCAUUCAAUGGAAAAUCCAGACCAAAUGGGUUUGAUUUGCGCCAGAAAGUUAAUUCAAAAGCAAAAGGUCCGAAGGCGAAAACGGACGAAGACCCUGACUGGACACCUGUCGGCCUUAAAAAGGCAUUGAAUUAUACCGAGGAAAACGGGGAGUUUAGGUGCAAUGCUUGUCACAGACUGUUCAAACGAGAAGGACAGUUACAGCGGCACAGAUGCUUCAACGCCGAGGAAUCGGAGCGGAUUGAAUACAAAGAGCCAAAACGAAGAAAAAUAGAUGGGUCGAAUAGAAAUAAUGGACCCAAGAUUGUAAGACAGACACAGGUAGAUCUAAGACCGGUUGCACGCAAUGUUCAGCCAAAGGUUGACUGCUUAGAAGAGGGCCCAUUUUUCUACCGCAUAAAGAAGGACCUUCGUACAGUUAGUGCAGAUGUUUUUGCACAGACGAAGAAAAUUGAGGUCCAGGUUAGCGUUGAGGGAGAUGACGAAGAGAUAGUACGAGAUAUGUUUCAAUGCUUGGAUUGCCAGUCAGUCUUACCAACUUUAGAGGAGGCUAAGAAGCAUUUGAAAGGACACUUGCCAACGCAUCAUUUCAGCUGUAAGUUCUGCCCUGCUACUAAAAGAUUCACCGAUGAUUCUCUUGCAGAAGUUUUGCGACAUGUGAAAUCUUACCACUCUGACAGAUAUGAUUCAAAUAUCUGCGUUAGGUGUGGAUUCGAAGCAGAAUCAAUUCGCGAACUGUUUCAACACAUGUCCGCAAAGCAUUACCCGGGAUCGACUCAUAGCUGCUCUGAAUGCGGCGAACAUUUCGGACUGUCCAUUCUCGGUCUUGUAAACCACGUGCGAUUGAAACAUGCAGCUGAAAAUCCGACACUUUUUGAAUCAGUAGUUAUCGAAGCCAAAACUUUCUAUCAAUCAGAAGAUAUUUUUGAAUGCAACCUGUGCGAGAAGAUUUUCUUUGUCAACAGUCAUAUCGAAGCUCAUAAGGAAGCGCAUGCAUCUGGAAGCUUGCAGGUUUCAGACGAUGACUGCUGCGGACUGUUCAAAUGUACACAUUGCAAAUACCAAGCUGACAACGUUGACGAACUAAGGCUUCAUUUGAGCGCUGCGCAUCAGCAUCUGAUGUGUCGUCUAUGCAGUGCUAUAAUUUUUACUGGAUCAACAUUCACAGAAACCCUGCUGAAUCACGUUGUAUCUUGUCACGAUAUACGUUACGAUUUCGACUCGUUAGUGUAUUAUGAGGAUCUCUUCAAAGAAGCCAAGAAUCUUUUUUGUGUCAAAACUUCCCUCAAAUGCAAGAUUUGUCCAAAGAUGUUCUUCACCAGAAAGUCUUUCACCGAUCAUAUGCGUUCACAUGAAGGUGGAAACGUUUCUGAGUUCUCGUGCGAGGUGUGCGAAUACAAGUGCACAACUCGCAGACAGUUGCAUCGACAUGUGCGCUCUCACAAGUUUCUCUACUAUUGUCCAGAUUGUAAACUAUUCUUCACGAGUAAUCAAAACUUACAGGAGCAUCUAAUCAACACGCAUUCCGAGACAGAAGAGCUCCCGUGUGACGAGUACAAGAGAAGUUUGGUCAUGAGUUUAUUUCUUCCCGAGCCCGGAUUUCCAUCUACGGUUCCACUUAAUUACGUAAACAAUGAUCUCAUCAUGGAUUAUUAUAAAGGACGAGUGACAAAUUUGUGCGGAGAGAAAUUUGAUUUUCCAAAAUACGCUCAAACAUCUUUGAGUAAAAUGUUAGUGGAACCAGUAGAAACUGAAAAAGAAGACGAGGGUUAUGAGUCACCAAUGGAGCCAACAGAAGCUGCGAAGACUGCUCCUGAAACGACAGUCGAGGGAACUUCAGUUUCUGAAUCAUCGACAGAGCAACCAGCUGCGACCGAUGAAGCACAAGGAACAACAAUUGUGCUAGUAACUAGGGAAGAAGGAACUGAAACUGAACAGCAGUAUGAGAUUGCACUGCCGCCAGGAACUGACGGAGUCGCGACACUGCGCGAAAUGGGAUACAACGUCGAAGACUUCAGUCUUGCAGAGGGCUCAUCAUUGGGCAAUUCAGCCGGAGCUGAUUCAAAGUUGGAGCUAUCAAUUGACAGUCCAUAUGUCAGCUGUGAAAACACGGAAUUCUGUCUAGCAAUCGCUUCCCAAAAGUUUUGUUGGAUGACUGAGGAUGCGCUUCAAGCGCUGAUGAAUUGUUUCGGAGAUAUGGAGUGUCUGUUCUGUGGAAAGUUCUAUGGAUUGCAGUCGAGAUAUUACGCACAUCAAAACAUCCACACUAAAGCCACGCAGUUCAAAUGCGAUGAGUGUGAUUAUUACUCGCAUAGUAUCCAGUUGUUGAGACACCACCAGGAUAGAAAUCAUGGAAUCGAAAAUCUGAGAUGCAAUGAGUGUGAGUUCACGACAAAGAGCAAAGUGAAGCUAGCGCAGCAUCUUAAGAAGCAUGUUCCCAAGACUGAAUUGAAGUGUCCGAGGUGUUCUUUCACUUGUGAGAAUGAACGACGCAUGAGAGAACAUUUCACGUUGUCUCAUCCGGAGUGUACGGCGGAAGAAAUUUCUACUGCGCUCGGAGGGAAACGUAACUUAAACGUUGGAUCUAAGUUGAGGAUUGAGCCUUGCAAGCAAUGUGGCAAAGUGUUCGAAAGUAGUCAAAUGGCAGAGCAUCUGCGGAGCCACAGAGAAGAAAACCUGUUCAGGUGUCGUGAGUGUGACUUCACAUGUAGAAGUAAGGCCUACAUGAUGACUCAUGAGCAGACUCACCAACAGGCCAAAGUGGACGUGGCAUCGACAGAAGAGCCCAAAGAGAUCACCAACUCCAACCAGGACGCCCUCUCGUGUCCGAUGUGCACCGCUUAUCUGAAGACGGAGAAGGCUUUCACUUCGCAUAUUGUCAAUGUCCAUUUUGAAGAUGACACUUGCCCCCAAUGUGGACACGAGUCGGCUAACAGAGGAGACUUCCACUGCCACCUGCUGAUCCACAGUGAGGAGAAGUCCUUCGCUUGUAACCUCUGUCCCACCGUCCUCAAACAGGAGGGCAAAAUGGAGGAACACUUCAGAACCAAACACCCAGGACUCAGGAUGCACUACACGUCCUUCAUAAAUGAGAACCCAAUUCCGAUAGCUGCCAUUGCCCAAAUGCCAAAACAAACUCAACUACAGACAGGCCCAGAGACAACAACAACAACAACAACAGGCGAUUUGUCCAUGCAAGCUGAGCAGUAUCCUGCUAGUCAACAAAGUGAUCAGGACAGUGGGUAUAAAGUACCUUCGGAACAAUCGCUGGAGUCCCAAAUAGCGUCUUCGUCGCAAGCAUCGUCGGAUGUGGAUUACCAGCAGAAGAUUCAAAAUGAUGCAUCCAGAUUGACGACCGAUGAGGGGGUUCGAAAUGAGGAUACCCAGACGAAUCAAGAGUUCCGACAGGAUAGCGGCGGAGUGAGUGGUUUAACGGGAUCUGAGAUGCCAGUUGGCCCGAGUAGUGACUUGCCAGUGGAGCAAAUGAUGAUUACGGAAGACCAGAUCAACGCAGCACUUCAGGCUUUGGUUGAAGCAGGGGAACAACUACCUGAAGGCGCCGAGAUUAUGGUUGAAGACAACACGCUCUAUGUUGACGGAGUUCCUAGGGUAGUCAUAGCUCCUGCUGACGAGUCAGAAAUUGAAGAACAUUUAGACCAAGGUCAAAUAAAUCAACCACAGGAUUCAAUGAAUGUAAACGAUACAGUUAAUCAAGCACCUGCAGAUCACGUGGAAAAAAUGCCAACCUCAGGCAAUGCAAUGCUGGAUCCGGUGGUAGCUUUCGAUCAGCAGUUCAUUAUGGAUACUAAUGCCAACAAUUCGAACGCUGCUGGACAAUACGAGACCCAAGCAACAUUAAGUGUCCAAAAGCCGGAAGGUUCAGCAGCAGUUGGGUCAUUUGACGAAAAUUUAGCCAUACCAACCGAUGCUACAACUUCGGUGUCUGAAUCGAUUAGACAGCAGAAUUCAGAUACACAAGUGCAAAAUACGGCCAAUUCGGAAGAAGACUUUCUGAAUGUUCCUGGCUUCGCAGCACCAGGCUCCGGUGAGCAACGCCUAGAACAACGAAGUAAUGUAAUUACUGCGGAGGAUGUCAUGACGCCAAGUGAAAUGCCUGUUUCGAUAACAAACACGGAAGCGUACAUUGAGAAACCUGUUAGCCAAGUAAUCGAAGAAUCAUCACAGAGUGAUCAAGUCAGUUCUAUAGGCGAGCAACCACAUCAGCCUAAUGAGAAUAUUGAGUUGCCAGAACCAGAUCAAAUUUUAAUGGGUGUCCAGAAUUUGGACCACGAUUCUCAGGAGCCACACUUGCAAGUUCCAAACGUGGAAGAACCAGAUUUGGUCCAGAAUUCUGGUCAGGAACUAGUAGAUCAGCAACAGCCAAUUGGCGAAGAGGAACAGUACAUUGAUCUCUCCAAUUUAGAUCUGUCCAAUGUUGAUUUGCCUCCUGGAAACUACAAUUUAGUGAUAGAUGAGCAAGGACAAGCUGUGUUUGUGGAAACAGAUGUGAUUGACGAGAACACUAUUCAGAUUGUAGCUCAGUAAACUUUUGGUUUGAAACAUUGGUGGAUUCUUUUGAAUGAUUUGCUUGUAAUUUUGUUUCCCCAAGUAUUUCUGUCGUGCUCCUUAAUUGAAAUUAAAUGUUCCUUUUGCA